CCCCUGCCUGUCCCCGCAGUGUCGGCGCUGGCCCGGCUCUACGGGCUGGAGGAGGAGCUGUCCGAGGUGGCCCGGCGGGGCUCGGGCAGUGCCUGCCGCAGCAUGUUCGGGGGCUUCGUGCAGUGGCAGCGCGGGGAGCGCCCCGAUGGCACCGACAGCCUGGCCCUCCAGGUGGCCCCCGAGACGCACUGGCCGGAGCUCCGCGUCCUCGUCCUGGUGGUCAGUGGGGAGAAGAAGCCGGUGGGCAGCACGGCAGGCAUGCAGACCAGUGUGGAGACCAGUCCCCUGCUGAAGCACCGGGCAGAGGUGGUGGUCCCCGAGCGCCUGGCCCAGAUGAUGCAGCACAUCCGGGACCGUGACUUUGAGGGCUUUGGCCAGCUGGCCAUGAGGGACAGCAACCAGUUCCACGCCACCUGCCUCGACACCUUCCCGCCCAUCUUCUACCUGACGGACGUGUCGCGCCACGUCAUCGCGCUGGCACACCGCUACAACGCCCACCACGGCCACACCAAGGUCGCCUACACCUUCGACGCCGGCCCCAACGCCGUCAUCUUCGCGCUGGCCGACACCGUGGCCGAGUUCGUGGAGGUGGUGAGGCGCAGCUUCCCCCCGGCCACCAACGGGGACCAGUUUGUCCGGGGGCUGCCCGUGGGCCCGGCCGCGCUGCCGCGGGAGCUGGAGGGCGCCGUGCUGGCCGAGCCCGUGCCGGGGGCUGUGCACUACAUCCUGCACACCAAGCCUGGCCCCGGUCCCCAGCUCGUGGAUGACCCCAGCCAGCACCUCCUGGGCCCGGAUGGGCUGCCCCGGAGCCGUGCCUGACCCCGGUGACACUCGGGGACAGCCGGGACACGCCAGGGGGACUCUGCUGAUGCCACAGGGGGACUCUGCCAGUGCCACCAGCGGGCCUCAGGACUCUGAGCCAGGCCUGCUGCAAAGCUGUCCCCAGCCCUGGGGCAGGAUGUCACCCCGGGGCUGGUUUUUAAUCUUUUGUAAGGAAAUAGAGGAUUCCUGGUUCCA